CAUCAGCAGCUGAAGUCGCCAUGGCCGGUUAUUCUGCCUCUGAGCAUCUUGGUGUGAGUUUAGGCUAAUCGUAACCCCUUGUAGGUGUUGUGAAAUCGUAUCCUUGACCGUCCCAUUCAAUAAACGGCGAGAGCACGAUCGCAAAUCCAUCAGCGACUGUGGUUGUCCUCCGCGUGGCAAACUAAAAUUCCGCCAUUCUUUUCCGUUUAACUCGAACGACAUCCUGGAUGAAGCUCGUUACUCAAAAAACGUGUAAAUCUAGGCACUUUAGAAAUGGCCGCCGCCGAAGAGGUCACCGCGACGCCAAACACGACCGCUAACGAAUCAGUUUUUAUUGCUGACGAUUAUAUUUAUGAUGAGGACUACGAAGACGAGAUGUGUAACACGAGCAGCCUGCUGGAGUUCGUCAAGGUCUCCAGUCCGCUCUUCCUCUCCACCGUGGCAGUUCUCGGGCUGCUGGGCAACGGCCUGGUGGUCGUGAUUGUGCUCAAAUACGAGAAGGUCAAAUUCCUCACCAACGCGCUCAUCCUCAACCUGGCCGCGUCGGACCUCCUAUUUGCGGCGGCGCUGCCCUUCUGGGCGUAUUACGACGCUUGGGGUUGGGCUUUGGGGGACUGCGCGUGCAAGCUGGUCAGCUUCGUGUUCGACGUGGGAUUCUGCAGCAGCGGCCUGAUCCUGAUCACCAUGACGAUCCAGCGCCACGUGGCCGUCCUCAACCCGCUGUCCGGCCUCGCGUCAGCGGCGGGCGUCCACAGCCUGCUGGCGUCCAUUCUCAUGUGGGCCGCCAGUGUCCUGAUGUCCGUCCCGGCUGUCAUCCUGACGACGGUCGUGGAGCAGACCGGCCAGAGUCACUGCGAAUAUGACGAUUCCGCCAGCGGCUUGUGGGGAAUCUACCAGCAAAACGUCCUUUUCGUCCUCAUCUCCGGCGUGUUCCUCUUUUGUUACCCUCAGAUCCUGUGCAGGCUCCUUCGUCCUUCGGCGAGGAGACGCAAGAACAAAACCUUGAAGUUGAUUUUCACGCUCAUGCUGGUCUUCUUCGUGGGCUGGGCUCCGUAUAACGUCACGCACUUCCUAAAAUCCCUACGUUUCUGGCCCCAUACGCCCGUGGACUCUGAGACUGUGGCGGCGCGCUGCGCCAGCCACAACCAUCUGGACUUCGCCUUUCACCUCAGCAAGCUUUUGGCUUUCUCCCACUGCAGCCUCAACCCCGUCCUCUACGUAUUUGUGGGGUCCAAGUUUAAAAGCCACUUGAAGAAGAUGAUGAGGUGUCAGCGUCACGACGACGGCGACGGCGGGGGACCGAACCGACGAGUCAUCACAUCCCUGUCGAGUGGGGACGACCUCUGCGUAUAGCUCGACAUCAUUUUUCACAUGGCGUGCACCUGACAAAUAUCGAUUUCUUGCAACUGCCCCUCCCCCACCCCCACGCGAUUCACGGAGGACAGAAAACAAGCCCCGUCGCAAACUCUGAAAGUCUGCAUGUGAUUUGCGCUUGCCCAAUUGCUUUGUAAUUGCUUAGAGAUGCCUCAAGAUGGCAGCAUCAGCCAUAUUUUCUUCGAGACAAGCAUUGACGGCCACAUUGUAGUUACGAUUUCCCUCGGAGGGCCGUUAUGACUGUGAUCCACGAAAAUCUUUCGCCUCAUGAUAUUUACAGAUGAUGGUGGUUUUGAAUCAGAAAUCAUUUUUUAACUAUUGUUCAUUUUUGGUAACACAAACAUGCUUGCAAUAUCUCAACUUAAUCAUUUAUAAUAUGACAUUUUGAAAUUUUGUUAUAGAUUAUCACAAAAAUCAUGGAAGUCGCUAUGCAUGAUUUGCCUUCGCGGGCCACAUAAAAUCAUGUGGCGGGCCGGAUCUGGCACACGGGCCUUGAAUUUGACACCUGUGACGUAGAAUUAAAAACUGGAAUGCGCGCUCUGCAGCCAUCAUUGCUUCCGCCGCCGUCAACAGGCUCUGACUUCUGGUCGGGGCAAAAAGUAUGGUAAACAUACACACAUUGUAUGGAAAACGAUGCGAUAAAUAGAUAAUAAAGUUACUUCUUUGCGACCGCCUGCCUGGUUUUGAGAGCCAACAGCGCAACAAAAAAGCUAAACCUAACGUAUUACAAUUAAAUUUGAUGUUAUUAUAUUUCCCAAUAAACAAUGGUAAGGAUGUCAAAGGACGUCAACUUUCAUGUUAAAUAGUAACCCAAGUAAUGGUUCGCCCUGACCGGAGGUUUACCACGAGAAAGGGGCCUGUGCUCAGUCCAGUUUUUAUUCUACGUCGUUGGAGACAAUGACCUAGAGAAGCUCCUGCCCUCAGUUCAAUGUAGUUUUGGUUUAAUCACCAGGUGGUACCAAAGCAGCGGCACUGUGGAUCAGCUGGAAAGCGUUGACCUCGCAGUUCUGAGGACCCGGGUUUGAUCCCGGACCCGCCUGCGUGGGUUUUCUUCGCGAAGUCAACCUCUCAAUUUUUUUCAGCAGUACCAGAAGAUUGUUCUAUCCAUUUUUCUGUCCAUCUGUGCAUUUAUUCAUUCCACGUGUUUUGUUUUCCAGUUUUUCUUUGUCCACCGUCUCUUUCUUUGACUUGGGGUUUGAAUAUUAAUGCAGAAUGCACAUAUCUGUCCUCAAUCUAUAUUUUAGUUUACCACGCUCAAACGAUGUCAUGAAAAACAUUUAAUGU